AUGUUGGACGAAUAUCUCAUCUGGCUGGCCAUUAUUACGACCACCUUGGCGGUCCUCAACUACUGGGCCUACUAUCUGGUCUUCCUGUGGUCCGUCUAUUUCCUCACCGUCCGUCUGUUGGAGAAGAUCUCCGUCAACAAUCUCAGCGACAAACCCGUCCUCAUCAGUGGAUGUGACAGUGGAUUUGGUCAUGAUCUUGCUAUAAAGUGUAUCCGCAAUGGUAUGCCCGUCUUCGCCGGAUGUCUUACUGAUCAAGUAUGUUGAUUUUAGGUUUUUUUCUGAUUUCGGGAACAAAUUAGGUAGUAAAGAUUAUCGUCCAAUUGUUUGCAUAACCUCAUUUUUUUUGAACUCACGGGCACCAUGACCGUAGUAUAAUUUUAAUUUUAUGAGUGCUGAUUUAUUAUUUUUAGGGCAUCAAAGGUAUCCAGGAAGAAGCCGCACAGAUUCCUAAUGGCAAACAACUCCUGCACGCUGUCCAGUUGAAUAUUCGAGAUCCAGAAUCCGUGAAGAAGGCUCGCGAAUUCGUCGACCAACACAUCAACCCCAACACUGGUCUCUGGGGUAUCGUUAACAAUGCCGGUAUCGGAGAUAACCGAGCUUGGGACGACUGGCAGACCCCUGAGAUGUAUCAGCGUUUCUGGGAGAUCAACACCCUCGGCCACAUUCGGGUUACCCAUGCGUUCAAAGACCUUGUCAAGAAGGCCAAAGGAAGAAUCGUGAGUGUAGCCAGUAUCUGUGCCAAGGUCAACAUGCCCACUGGAGGUCCAUACAAUGUGAGCAAAUUCGCCAUCGCCAGUUACUGCGACACUAUCAGGUAGGUCCCAUGGACCUCAUAUUUAUACACUUUUUAGACUUGAAUUGGCACAAUUCGGAGUCCAUGUUUCUAUUUUGGAACCCGGUUUCUUCAAAACCCCUCAGGCAAAUCCAGGAGCCGCCGAAGCUGACGUGAAGAUGGUCUGGGAUAGGCUUCCACAGUCGGUCCGGGAUGAGUAUGGAGAGCAUUAUCUUCCAUACACCCAGAAGCUUGUUGCUGGCUACCUCGGCUAUAAAUGCAAGCCCCAGCCUGAUCUCGUGGUCGAUGCUUACUUCAACGCUCUGACUUCCAAAUUCCCUCGCCGUCGUUACCAAAUUGGAUACGACUCGAUGUUCCAGUUCACGCCUCUGUCCUAUCUCUCAACUCGACUCCAGCAACACGUAUUCUAUGGUUAUCUGAAAUACUGGGCCGGCCUGCCCCGACCAGCCAAAAUGGCUUCUUAA